AUGCUGAAUGAAACCACCUCACCUUCAUCAUCACCAUCUCCUCAAUCCCCACCUUACUACGAACUCUCUUCUGAUACCGAACCAUCUGACCCCCAAUCCCCCACUCUGGCUCAACUCCAAGCUUGUGCUCUGGCCUCUCAACAGCCAUCAUAUCCUGAACCUGAACCAGAAGUCACUUCCCCACCUCCAGAACAUCCAAAUCCAACCACAUAUGAACCACCUCAAACACCACCUGAACAACAACCAACCCACUCUGAACCACAACCAACCCACUCUGAACCACAACCUGAACUAUCCUCACAGACCCACUCUGACAUACCACCACCCAUCACUUCCGCUGACCCAACAACUCCCACACUUAAUCUAAGUGCCCCAAACUCACCAUCCUCACCCUCCCUAGCCUCUGCCACUGAACCAGAAACUACCAUUCCUACCCUUGAAUAA